AUGCGCCAGUGCAGUUCACAGGGCUUGGCCGAGAAAGAUGUCGGCUUGAAGCAGCUCCAGGAGCUCGGAGUGAACCUCAAAGACCUGGAAGAGAGCUUCUCCCGUUCAGCUGGCCCUGGUGGACAGAACGUCAAUAAGGUUGAAACCGCUGUCCGCUUGCGGCACACACCAACAGGGCUUGAGGUGAAGGCACAGACUCAUCGAACCCAGCUCGAAAAUCGCGUUUCAGCUCGCCGACGCCUGGCAGAGUUGUAUAAGAAAGCAGUGUUGGGAGUGGAGACGAAGGCUGGCCGCAAGGCCCAAAAAGUUCGCAGCAACAAGGCACGAAGAGCACGACGCCGGCGAAAGAAGGCAGAGGCUGCGCUUGCACAGGGCGACGCAGACGCCGAUUGCGCCGAGGGCAAGGAAGGCAACGAGAGCACGACGUGA